CUCUGAUCAAAGAAAUCUUACAAAGUUUAACAAAAAUGGUGGAAAAGAAAGUUGUGAUCAUAGGAGGUGGUGUUGCCGGGGCAAUCCUUGCUAAAACUAUACAACAUCAAGCUAAUGUCACUCUUAUUGAUCCGAAGGAAUAUUUUGAGAUUCCAUGGGCAAGUUUAAGGGCAAUGGUGGAACCAUCUUUUGCAGAAAGGACAGUGAUAAACCAUAGAGAAUAUUUCACAAAAGGUGACCUUAUUGUAUCAAGUGCUACCAACAUAUCUGAAUCUGAAGUCUUCACUUCAGAUGGCCGUAAAAUUUCCUAUGAUUAUCUUGUUAUCGCCACCGGUCACACCGAAUCUAUCCCCAAAACAAGAACCGAAAGAAUAGACCAAUACAAAGGAGAGAAUACCAAGAUAAAAUCAGCUCGUUCGGUUUUGAUUAUCGGGGGAGGUCCAACCGGGGUCGAGCUAGCCGCAGAAAUCGCAGUCGAUUUUCCUGACAAGAAAGUGACUAUAGUGCAUAAAGGAUCAAGGUUGCUAGAAUAUAUUGGGCCAAAAGCUUCAAGAAAGACUCUAAAAUGGCUUAAAUCAAAGAAAGUUGAUGUGAAACUUGAACAAUCUGUUGACUUUGACUCUUUUACAAAUGAAAAUAGAACAUAUCAAACUUCACUUGGAGAGAGUAUAGAAGCAGAUACUCAUUUUGUAUGUGUAGGGAAACCACUUGGUUCAUCUUGGCUUGGUGAAACUCUAUUGAAAAAUGAUUUGGAUGGUGAUGGAAGAAUACAAGUUGAUGAACACUUGAGAGUUAAGGGGAAGAACAAUGUUUUUGCAAUUGGAGAUAUUACAAAUGUUCAAGAAAUAAAACAAGGAGUGUUUGCACAAGGUCAUGCAAAACUAGUUGCCAAGAAUCUAAAGCUAUUGAUAGAAGGAGGAGAGAAAGAACCUAAACUAGGAACAUACAAGGCACAAGCACCAAUGUCAAUUGUUUCACUUGGAAGAAAACAUGGUGUUGCACAGUUCCCUUUCAUGACAGUUGUUGGAAGGUUUCCUGGUAUAAUAAAAUCAGGAGAUUUGUUUGUCGGGAAAACCAGAAAGGAACUAGGACUUGAACCUAAUGUUAAAAAAUCUUAAUUUCAUAUAGUGUUUGUGUGUGUAUAUAAUUGUUCAACUCAUCUUUCAUAGUUAUUGUUGUGCAUGUUUGCGUUCAUUAUGAGUUUUCUUUCAAGUGUGUAUUUCAUUGAAUUUUAAUGUAUUUGUAGUAAUAUUUGUUUAUGAUUUUGAUUUUUGUAAGUUUUGUAUAUUUACCUUUUCAUUAUAAAUAAAUGAUUUGAGUUAUUUUUUUGUAUAAAAUUUUUUUUUUUUCUAUAGAAUAUUCUUACUCUUUGUAGGCAGACAGUUAGGUUAAUAGGGUGUUAUGGCUACAAGGAGUUUGAUGUUCUUUGAAUAACGCAGAGUAUGUAUGACUUUUCUUUAAAGCGCAAAGUAUUUAAAAAAUACUUUCCCUUCUUCGGAAUGUGCCUCCCGUGCUAUUGACUACUCCUUCGAGUGAGAACGAUCUUGUUGGGCAGCGACACUCCUCCUUAGAUGGGAGUCCCUCAACGAAGGGCGAGUCCCCCAACUGAAGGCGUGUAAAAUAAUGGGCGAAUCCUUCAGCGAAUGGUGAGUCCUUCAGUUGAAGACACUUGAACUCUUGGGAACCUGCGUGGCAUGGGCGUUUAGCAAGCUUGGAGAAAUGCGUUUUCUUUGAGGUGAUGUUCCAAGAUAUCUAAACGUCACUCACUUUGUUCAGAUUGAGUGUUCGAGGGGAGAAAGCAUGGGUAUCAAU